AUGCCAAUUGCAACUGAGAUACCUUUGACUGUAUCAAACUCUUAUCUUCCAUCUAGAUAUGACUUGGCUCUAGAGCUUUCUCCGACCAGGAAAAACUAUUCUGGUGUAGUUAACAUAGAUUUGGAAAACAAUUCCCGAUGCAAUUCUGACAAUCAAGAUGACUCUUUUUGCAUUGUCCUCCAUACUGUUGAAUUGAUUUCUCUGGGGGUGGAAUUAAUUCUUGACUCCUGCAGCUAUAAGCUCAAGACAAAGAUUGAUAGGUCCAUUCAGUCUACAAGUUACUACUCUGAAGAAGUAAAGCUCAGUGAUCUCUCGAGGUCGGAUUCUACUAUUAGAUUAAGAAUUCGAUUUUUGGGAGUCAUGCAUGAGAUUCUAACGUUUAAGGACCUUACGACAGGUGUCUUUAAGACCCAUUAUACGGAUCCCGUAAGCGGAAGAGCUAUCCUACAGCUGGUGUCAUCUCACAGUCAACCUCAUUUCGCUAGAUCUAUUUUUCCCUGUCUUGACGAGUUGUAUUGCAAAGUUCCAAUUGGUCUUAGUUUGACAGUGGCAUCAAACUACAAAUGUAUCUCCAACAUGCCCAUAGAAAAUGUCGAACUCCUUGAUGUUGGAGAUAGGAAGUUGGUGCACUUUCGAGAUACCCCCAAGAUCUCAUUGCCGGUGUUCAGUUUUGCAUUUGGAGACUUUGACUAUCUUGAAGAUACUAUAAAAUUGAUCUCUAAUCAAAAGUUUAUUCUUAGAGUUUAUACCCAGGUGGGAGCAAGUCAGCGUGCUCAAUAUGCUCUCGCGCUCGUCAAGAAGUAUCUUCCUUUGAUUGAGCAGAAGUUUAAAUUGGCAUAUCCGCUUCCUAAACUGGACAUCGUUGCUUUACCGUUUCUCUCGGAUGGCGGUGUUGAAGAUUGGUCCAUGAUUCAAAUUAUUAGUAGUCAGAUCCUACUCCCAGACUGGCAAUGUGAUCCUCAGCAGUUGGCAGAAAUCAAGAAGAAUAUGCGUUUAGUCAUUGUUCAUGAGAUGAUUCAUAUGUAUCUAGGAAAUUACACUACGUUUGAUAGUUAUGAUCACACAUGGUUAAAUGAGGGCUUCGCAACGUUUAUGGCAAACACCUUGAUAACUGAAAAUGAUGACCCUGACCUUUGGUUCGAUCAGAUCAAUACAGAUUUGGUUAAUGUGCAAGAGCAAGAACGUUUCGAUACUGCUAAGCCUAUCUAUGUUUCUAAUGUGAGUACUGCAUCUAUCAGCGAUACGUUUACCCGUCGUUCUUACGAAAAGGGUAUUUAUGUGCUUCGGAUGUUGGCGGGCAUCCUAGAGCUUUCUGCGGAUAAGGAUCAUUUAUUCGAUACCUUCUUCCGGAUCGUCGGGGAGUUCAUUAACCAUAAUCGCUAUGGGGUGAUCAAGCCUAUCGAUUUAUGGAAUUAUAUCAAGUCUCAUCCACUUAACCGGUUCAAGUAUGAUGUUCCAGUCAUUAUGAACUCCUGGAUUCGUACUGCAGGAUAUCCAGUGUUAUCAAUAACGUCGCAAGAUGUCGAAGGUAUCAAGAAAACUGUUGUUGAGCAACAUAGAUUUUUGUUUGAUGCUGAUUUAAAUGAUAUAGAGGAUAUCCCGUACCAGAUUCCACUCAUAGUGAAGUCUGUUGAUGGUGAAUUGUCUAGACAGAUGAUUACUGAUCGCAGAUUGGUUAUUGAUUCUAAGAAACCCCUGUUCUUUUAUAAUGCCGACUAUUGCGUAUUGGGGACUGUGAGAUAUUCCUUGGAUCACUAUAAACAAAUGGCGGAGAAUUUGGAUAAGUUGGACAGAAUAGAGCAAUGUCAAUUAUUUAUUGAUAUAUCCUCCUUGCUUGGUAGCGUAUACCAAGAUUCUGACGUUCUUCUCGGAUUUGUGGAAAUUCUCACAAAGAUAAGGAAGGUACAUGAUCUUGACGUAACGGCACUGAACACUGCCUUGACUCUUCUUAGUAAUAUGGGCCUGGCAAUCGGUGGAGUCUCUUACUUCAAGGAUCAGAAAAUGUGCAACAAGCUGAAGGCAUUUUUGGAUCAGAUUGCCACCAGUUUUGCUUUGCAGUUGCAGUGGGAUGAAUUGGAUACUAUCUCUUCCAAAGAGGUCACUCUUAGAUCAUCUCUACUAUCUUUGGAAUACUCUAAUAGCACGUUGCAAGGCAUAGCAAAAAGAUUGGUCAAGAAGUUGCUGCACGGACCCAAAAAGUCUGUGCCAAAGGGCCUAUUGACCACAGUUUUCUCCUUGGUCCAGCAGGGUGCCUCUCUAAAGGAGUACAAGGAAAUCUAUAAAUUAGUGAAGGCACCUGGUCUAGUCGGAAACAACGUGAUUCAAACGGUAACUGAUUACGAGGUGCAAACUGCUGCGAUCAGCUCACUUGGCUUUGUUUCUAGUGAAGAGCUUAGAAAGAAAACUUUAGAUUUUGUCACUACCAACAUGGAUACCACCAUGGUGGAAUUGGCGCUAAUUGGAUUCCGGGUACAGCCAGAUUCUUAUAGGCAGCUCUGGUGUUGGUUCAAGCUUCAGUCUACUGUGAUGCAUGAUAAGUACACUAGAAAUGUGAAGGGGUCUUUUGGUAUGUUUUUUGUGAACGUGGUUCAAUUAGUGUUUGAAUGUUGUCUCUAUGAUGAGGAAACGCUUGCUAAGGAUAUGAAACGGUUUGUGGUUACCAAGAAGCUCGAUGUUCUCGAAGAGUGUUUGGCCAAAGCCGAGGAUAGAUACAAAGACAUCAAAUUUUUGAACAGCCAAAACGAAAAGUUGAUGCAGAUAUUGUAA